AUGAUUUUAAAAGUUGGUAAAAAACUUAGAAUUGAGAGAAUAUUAUCAAACCUUGGUGUUUGUGAAAGAAGUAGAGUGCCACAAUUUCUUAGAGACAAAAGGGUCACAGUUUUAGGUAAAAAAGUAACACCAGCAACCAAAGCAAAUAUAAAGGAUAUUCAAAUUGAUGGCGAACCAAUUGAAAAUGGUGAAACAUUACAUAUUGCAGUUCAUAAACCAAGUGGUUACAUUUGUUCAACAGUUAAUGAUCACGAUCAUAAAAUUAUCUAUGAUAUUUUACCAAAAGAAUUUUUUAAAAGAAAACCAACACUUUCAAUUGCUGGUAGAUUAGAUAAAUGGGUAACUGGUCUUGUUGUUUUGAGUCAAGAUGGUAAAUUAGUUGAUAGAAUUAUAUCACCAAAAGAUGAUGGUUGUGGUAAAGAUUAUGAAGUAGUAUUAAAAGAUAAAUUAGUUGGUGAUGAGGCAGAAGUAUUUGAAAGUGGUAAAAUAAUGUUAAGAGGUGAGUCAACGCCAUGUAAACCAGCAAAAUUACAAGUUUUAGAUAAAGAGAAAAAUAAAGUAAAGGUUACAUUAUACGAGGGUAGAUAUCAUCAAAUUAGAAGAAUGUUUGCAUCAACCGAGAAUAAAGCAGUUGAAAUUCAUAGAACAAGAAUUGGUCCAGUUGAAUUGGGUGAUUUGGGUUUAGGUAAAUGGAGACAUCUAACUGAACAAGAAUUAAAAGAACUCUAUUCUAUUAAAAUUGAUGAUAACUCUAAUAAAACAGAUAAAAAGAAAGUUAAAUUAAAUUCAUUUUUAGAGAAAAAGAAAAAACUCAGAGGAGGGGUAGAUGAGAAUAGUUUUGAUGAAAAUGAGGAAGAAGAAGAGGAAGAAGAUUAUGAAGAAGAGGAAGAAGAAGAAGAGGAAGAUGAUUAUGAAGAAGAAUCAAGAUAUAUGGAUAAAAUCUAUGAUGAAAAUGGUAAUAUUAUUCGUGGUAUAACAACAACAACAACAACAACAACAACAACAGAACCAAAUAUAGCUCAAAUUAAAAAUAUCAAAUAUAAAGAUAAAUUAAAAUCAUUAGUUGAAAGUGAAGAUACAGAAAGUAAUAGAUCAAACUUAUUUAAAAAUUUAAAUCAAGUUAAUGAGGAAGAAUAUGAAGAAUAUGAUGAAGAAGAAGAAGAAGAAGAAGAAAAUGAUGAUGAAGAAGAAUAUGAUGAAGAAGAAGAAGAAGAAGAGGAGGAGGAAGAUGAAGAGGAAGAAAGAAGAUUAAAGAGAGAAAGCGAUCCAUAUGCUGAAAUUAGAAAACAAUUCCAUGAUAAAUUUAGAUCAAUGAUUAGAAAUAAUGAUAAGGAUGCAGAGUUUGAUGAAGAAACUGGUUACUAUAUUCCAAAAUCUCAAAGAGAAACACAGCAUUAUGAAAUGUCUGAUAAAGAAUUGAAAAGACUAUCAUUAUAUGAUAGCGAUAUGAAGGCUAUAAGAAAACAUGAAAAAGAAGAAUUAGAAUUAGAAGAACAACAAAAACAACAAGCAUUACAACCAAGAAAAAGAAAGAAUAAAUUAAAAGAAGAAAAAGAAAUAUUCUCAGAAAAUAGUAAUGAUUAUGAUGAUGAUGAAAACAUUGUAAGAGUAGAUUCUACACCUGAAAAAAUUAAAAAAUAUAAUAAUAAUUUAGAUAAACUUAAAAAAUAUGGUAAAAAUUUAAAGAAUAGAAAAAAUUCUAAAAAUAGAAAAUAA